AUUAAAACAACAAAAGAUGCCCUCUGACAUGGCCGCUACGCGGAAGGUCGACGGCAUUACUACUAGCGGAAGCGAUUGAACAGUAUCUAACAAUACCAGGUUGGCGUGCCAUUACUUCACAUGGCUGCCGCAAAUAGUACAUGUAUGGUCCAACUAAAGAAAACACCCAUGAAUAGCCAUUGAUUUUUGGCACCCACCUGCGGCGAGUUUCUUUUCAUCGGAUGACACUGUUUGUGUGCAACUCUGUGAGCGUAUAUAGCGCCCACUACACCAUUUUCAUUUUCAGUCACUGCCACAGUUAGGUGGAUUUUGGCACAUCUUUAGCCGGUACCAAACCGUGUCACAUCAUCACGAUGGCUCUGUUCAGCAAACGACGCCAGUUUUGUCUCGUAUUUGGCAUUUGUUUCUACACGGCAGUUAUUAUCGUCAUCACAUGGACCUUUAAGAAGGACACCGUCGUCAAAAUAGCAACCAAAUCCGAAAUGACCGUUAAUCCAAGAUCCCACAAUUAUUUGCCAAAGGGCAGACGGAGAAUCGUCAUCAUAGGCAGCGGACCUACCGCUCUAGGAGCUGUUCAGAGACUGUACGAAUUCCAACAAGAACUCAACAACACCGAGGUUAUUGUGCUUGAGCAGCGGGGACAACCUGGAGGCUUAGCGGUGUCAGAGAGGGACGAUCAGGGGUUCUUGUGGGACAUGGGAGGGCAUGUCAUCUUCUCUCAUUACUCUUACUUCGAUCAGACAUUGGACCGGGCUGUGCCCAAUUGGAACAAGCACGUGAGGGCAGCUUUCGCCUACAUGAAGGGACCAGACGACAAGAGGAGAUUCAUACCUUACCCCGUCCAACACAACAUCCACACCAUGCAUAAGCAGGACCAAGAAAAAUCCCUGUCUGGGUUGGAAGAGAUUACCAACAACCCGCCGGUCAAGCCGCCCAGGACCUUCGACGAGUGGCUUCUGCAAAAGUUUGGCAAGGGCCUCUGUGAGGUAUUCAUGAGAAAAUACAACAAGAAAGUGUGGACGGUGGACACGACGGAGAUGAACUCGGUCUGGGUCGGCGAGAGGGUAGCAGUGCCAAAUGCCACGGCAAUAAAGGACAAGAUUCAUAAAGCAAACAGCGGGAAACUGGCUAAGGAUUCCGAGUGGGGUCCCAACCGAUUCUUCCGCUUUCCCCGCUACAAUGGCACCGGUGGGAUUUGGUCUUCGGUGGCCAAACUGCUUCCAAGGUCCUGGUUUAAGUUCCACGAAAAGGUGAUCGAAAUUGAUGUGGACAACAAGGUUAUCACCAUCGAGUCAACUCGAAAUCAAAACUCCCUCUCCACACUGAGCUACUCUACACUGAUCUCCACUGUUCCCUUGGAUAACUUCGUCGGUUUUCUAGAAAGCAAAGACUCUUCCCUUGAGAGGAUGAAAGGUAUAACAGCCCAGUUGGUGUACACGCACACUCACAUCGUAGGCAUCGGCCUCACCGGGCAACCUCCAGAUAAUCUCGCUGAUAAAUCUUGGAUGUACUUUCCGGACUCCGAUUCUCCGUUUUACCGCGUCACCGUGUUUUCGAAGUAUUCGAAAGACCACGUGCCUCACACGGGAGAGUACUGGUCACUGAUGUGUGAGUCGGCUGAACCGAUUCGCAGAAAUAUGUUGAAUUGGAACCAAACUAAUGUGGUUAGUGCGACCAUCGAGGCUUUGGUCAACUAUGGCUUCAUCACCACUGAUAUGAUUGUCUCCAAGUACUACCGUCGCUUGGACCACGGGUAUCCCGUCCCCUCGCUCAAGAGAGACGCCAUUCUGAAAGCGGUGCAACCAUGGCUGGAGGCCAAAGACAUCUUCUCUCGUGGACGCUUCGGAGGUUGGAAAUACGAGGUUGGCAAUCAGGAUCAUUCCUUGAUGCAAGGGGUGGAGGUCGUGGACAGGAUACUUAAAGGCGUACCGGAGGAAACCUACGCGGAUCCCAAUCGUGUCAACAGCCAAAAGAACACGGGCCGCGUCGUACAUGCAGGGCUCAAAGAUUAUGAGAUUGUCGUGGCGCAUUACGACGAGUCUCUGGAUUGGGUGAAGUCUUAUGCAGACCACGCCCACGUAUACCACAAAGGGACCAACACAAGCGCUCCGUUCGAGAUGUAUGCCUGGGAAAAACUACCGAACGUUGGGCGGGAGGGCCAUACAUAUCUUCAUCACAUCAUCACCCAUUACAAUAAUCUUCCCAACGUGACGAUAUUUUUGCAAGCAGCAUUCCGUUUUCACAGAGGAUUCUGUCACAGGAACCCUUUGAGAUACAUCUCGUCCGCCCGAGCAGGCAUCCCCUGCAUACAUCCUGACGAGCUGGUGGUCAGGAAGUGGGGCAAGCUGAAACACGUCGCCAAUUUCAAGCAGGAUCGCAAGGCAGGCCUCAUGCGCGUUACGGCCCUCACGUUCGGAGAGUUUUACAGAGUUUUGUUUGGCGCCCCGCCGCCUAAGGACGGCAUGCCUCACUGUUACUGUGGAUGCUUUGGGGCAACGCGGGAGAUGAUUAGGAAACACCCAUUGCACGUGUACCAGAAGGCCAUUGCUUUCAUGAACGAUCAUUCCAAUCCAGAAGAAGGUCACUACAUUGAAAGGUUAUGGUACUGGAUGUUCCUGAAUUCAUGAUCAGAAAAAAAUAUGAUUGUGAUACUUAAAACCAAAGGCAUAAUAUACUUUUUAAAUGUAAAAAUUAGAGCCUCGUGAUCAGUAGCCAGUAGGAUUAUUUGCAAUUUCCUGAAAGUUGAGUUGCAUUAAAUUUGGGGUAGUAAGUUGCGAUUGGUCCGAAUAUGAACUAUUUACAUCGUAUUUUAGGGUUCAUUUGAAGCUUGGAUGGUUAUAUCGCCAUUUUGAAUUAUUUCAAGAAACCCAAAUAAUUAUGUACAUCUCGACGUUUUGAUGUAAGAUGCGCAUUGUCCAUGAAAUAACAACACACAUUGAUGAUUUUACGAGCAACUUUUUUUACGAGCUGCAUGCGUCUCCCGCACUUGCAUCAUUCAUAAUAGUCCCUAUAGGCCCUACUGAUUAUUUCAAGAUUGCGUUCCUUUCUUGAAAAUUCUAGCAUCCACUCGCUGAACUCCGAACGGGAGAAAAUUUUAAACAUCUUGUAUGAGACUCUGCGUGCCUUUGUUAUCAGGAUCGGAAAAGACAUAAACAGACAUAUUCAAAUAAUCUAAUAGCGUUUACAAACCCUUCACAUUCCUUUCCGGUGCAUAUAAUCUUAUCUUGAGUUGUUCUUUUAAAGAAAGUUCCGACUUACUGCUCGAUAAAAUUGCUGUAGUGUAUUUAUUUUUAGAUUUAAGCAAUUCCGUAAUAUUCCCUUUUCCAAUGACACCAUGACCAAUAUAUUACGUAAUGAAAUGUACUUUAUAGAAAUGUUAUCGAACCAAAGUGAACGUAACUCAGGCAUAUUCUCACACUAAUUGUAUGUUUAUUACACUCUAUUUUUGUGAUCAACCCGAAAUAGUCAACAUUGUAAUUCCUGUGUGUUUGGUUAGUAAUUAACUAAAGUCACGAAGAAUGCAACUCUGUAUAAAAUUAUCCCGAGUGUUUUAACCAAAACCCUGGCUUUUUAAAGCUUUUAAUUGUAGCUUUAGGCUGACAAUCAUUUGUGCUAUAUAUGACUUAUCAAUGUGUCUCUUAAUUGUUUAGAAAAUAAUGGAACAUCCCCUUUUACUUAAAUUUCAAGAAGUGUUAUUUUUAAAAGUCUGUGGUUAUUUUUUUGCGUAAUUUGAUUUUAUAAACUUUGAGGAAAUCAUUUAUUUUAUAAAGUUUCCUGUCGAAAUAAUGUUGUUUUUAAUCAAGUUACAUUAUGACUGUUUUCCACCUUUUUUCUACAGAACUGUUCAUUCAAUAAUUCCAAUUUAUUUAAGUGAUUAUGUAAAAGAUUACGUUUUGUAAAAAAAACCACGUUUUAGUUUCACUUUUCAAUAAGUCUCUGUACCUAUGACGUCACAGUUUGUUUACGCACAGUCGUACUUAACAUAGCUCUCGAGGACAAGGCGUGCAUACUUUCCUACGGGAGCCUAGUGGGGACCACAGUUUCGUUGCCACAUAGAAAAGCGCACAAGUAAACAGCGUGACGUCAUCAGAACAGGGGCAUUAAAUCGUAAAGUGUUUCACGUUGAUCAAGUUAAGUGAUCCAGAUUCAUAGGUCCGUUGUCUAUCGGUUUCCUCAGUGUAUUUUAAAUUAUAAAUUUUAACAUGAACUUGGUAUUUACUAAUAAAUAAUUUUAACCAAUUCUAACUCA